UGUUUUCUUAUUUUCUCUCCCACCAUGAAUUCAACCCGACCCUCUUUCUUGUAUGUACCCACCUCGUCCCCUCCCCCACGAUCACCCAUCGAAACUCUGCUAUGCUUCCUCCUUCAUUGAAAGUGGCAUUAAAUCCAGGUUGCUGCUGAAUCUGGAAUUUCAGACCCAACAACAAUUGUAUGGUCAUUUCGGGGACUUGACUGACCACCACCACCACCUGACUUUGUCCUCCUCCGCCGCCAACGGCAACAUCGACCGCGUCCUGUUCCAAGACCUCGUCGAGAUCAUCCCUCUUGUCCAGUCCCCCAUUUACGCGGCGCGGUUCAGUCACCUACAGCAAGACACCUUAUCCAAGAAAAAGGUGUGCAACACGUUAAAAAAAAGGGCUGGACAUUGGUCGAAAGAUUACCAAAAGAUGGAAGCUUCAAAAUUGGCCUUGUGGUUUUCUUUGUGACUCGCCUCCAAAAUCAGUGAAGAACCUCUGUAAAAAGAACAAUAUAGUUAGUAGCAAAAACAAAUAAAGACGUGCUAGCAGCAGUGAAAAAGGUCUUCAUAGAUAUAGUUGGUACCUUCAAAUGGUUGUGUUUGCAGUGAGAAGGAGGAUGAACGUAAUUACUUAAAUUUGGGCAUAAAGAAAUGAAUUGUGGCAACUGGCAUGUAGUUAA